AUGAUAGGUUUAUUAAGUAAAGUUAAUAUCAUUGAUAAUAGUGGAGGAUUAGAAGGUAAAUGUAUUAAAAUAAUAAAACCUAAAAGUACUAAAUCGGGUAGAAAACAAAGAUUAGCUAAAGUUGGAGAUGUUAUAUUAGUAACUAUAACUAAAACUUUACCUUUAUCAUCUACAUCAUUAUCAAAUACAACACAAAAAAAUAAAAAUUUAAAAGGAAGUAUAUAUAAAGCAUUAAUAGUAAGAACAAAAAUAGAAUCAAAUAAACAAAUUAUAUAUUCUAAAAAACCUACUACAAAUUAUUUAAAUAUACAAAAUUUUUAUAAUAAUGAAAUAACACAAAACUCAUUAUUUAAACCAUAUAAUUAUAAAAAUAAAGUCGAUACUGGAGUUAGAAACAAAUUUGAUGAUAAUUCUGUAGUUUUAAUUAAUAUUAAAAAUAAUGAUUAUACUCCUAUUGGUACUAGAAUUAAAGGUCCUAUUUGUAAAAGUAUUCGAAAAAGAAAAGGUUGUACUAAAAUCGUUUCUAUUACUAAAUAA